ACGAUUCGUAGGACCGGCUUAAGUGCGAUUUUUAUAAAAUCGUUGUUUUAAGGCCGUUUUUAAGAAGUCGGCCUAUUCUCGAUAUAGGCGUAAUUUCGAGUAAAUACGGUAACAACAAUCAUUGUUGCAAGUGAGUUCUGUUACGUGAAGUUAACGAAAGUAAUUUUAAUAAAGUUGCCAAUUUCCGAAUCUGUGUUUUGUCGUGAUGCACGACCAACAUUUAAAUAGGUCAAUUUAAUAAAGAAUCCGUGCAUGCUCAAUAAUAUAUAUUGAGGACUAUACAUGGUGUGGAGUUUAAAAAAAGCUAUCAAAACAUUAUCGGCUAUAAUAAAAUCGACUAUGAUUGGUGAAUAUUCGGAUCUAAAGUUACGAUAAGAGAAAAUAAAACAAGACAUUUUAGUAUAAAAACCACUUAAAAUUGCCGCACCGGAAAUCCUACGAUCGACAUUAUCAUCGUCACGCGCGACGUGGAUUGAACAUCUGGCAUUUACGCAACGACGUAAAGCGUGUUUUGUCUUCACGCACACACUUUUCGCUCUAAUUGCGGUGACGCAGGGAGAGGAUACACCCAUCCGAAGUUAGAUAUUUAUUUGCUUCGGUACAAAUCACAGAAAAUGAGACAAUUAGGACAGAAAAAAUGAUCUGAUCGUCGAGAAAAUUAUAGGCAGAGAAUUACAUCAAUGUAAUAUAGUUCAAGUUUGACACGAAUUGGACAACAAGCGGCAGAGUUAAUGAUUAAAAUAUAGUGAAAUCAUCCGAAGUUAGCUGCUUUUACCGUGCAGGACGUUAGUAGCAUGAAACGACAACAGUACUGGUAUCCAUGACACAAUAAUAUGCUGUUUGUUGCGCAUGGUGAUUUUUUCUUGCUAUGUUCCACAAAGUUUCAUGCAGGCGAUUUAUUCAAAAACAAAUCACUUAGAUUAGAUAUGCAAAAAAAUAUUAUUAAUAAGUUUAGCAAGUAUAAUUAUUGCUUGAUCUGAUUACCUGAAACGACAUUUGUAAAUUCAUACUGGAGAUUCUAUGAAGUUACACAUGAAGAGGUCCAAUGUUGGCAAAAAGCCAUAUUUUUGUCAAACCUGUGGCGAGUCCUUUACAACAUUUGCUGAGAAGAAAAUGCACAUACAAAUUCAUACUGGAAAAAAACUAUAUGCUUGUAAAAUAUGUGGAAAACAGUUUUCUCAAACUGGUAACUUGAAACGACAUUUGCAAAUUCAUAUCGAAGAUAAACCGUUUUCUUGUGAAAUAUGUGGAAAAUGUUUUAGUCAAAAAGGUAGUAUGGAAGUACAUAUAAAGCGAUUCCAUGUUGGUGAAAAGCCAUAUUUUUGUGGAACCUGUGGAAAGUCCUUUGUAACAUUGGGUGAGAAGAAAAUGCAUAUUCAAAGUCAUACUGGAGAAAAAUUAUAUGCUUGCAGGAUAUGCGAAAAACGUUUCACUCGAUCUUAUACCUUGAAGCAACAUUUGCACACCCAUACUGGAGAAAAACCAUAUGGUUGCAAGAUAUGUGGGAAACGCUUUUCUCGAUCUAGUAUCCUGAAACAACAUUUGCACAUGCACACUGGGGAAAAACCAUAUUCCUGUGCAACAUGUGGAAAAUAUUUCAGCCGAAAAAGUGGUGUAAACUUACAUAUAAAGAGAUCCCAUGUUGGUGAUAAGCCCUUUAAAUGUGGAACUUGUGGCAAGUCAUUUACAACAUUUGAUGAAAAGAAAAGGCAUAUGCGAAUCCAUACUGGAGAAAAAACAUAUGCUUGCAAAAUAUGUGAGCGUUGCUUUGUUAAUUCAAGUCACUUGCAACAACAUAUUCGAGUUCACACUGGAGAAAAAGCAUAUUCUUGUAAAACAUGUGGAAAAUGUUUCGUUCGAAAGAGUACUAUGAACUUACAUAUAAAGAGAUCCCAUGUUGGCCAUAAGCCCUUUAAAUGUGGAACUUGUGGCAAGUCCUUUACAACAUUAGGUGAAGAGAAAAAGCAUAUGCAAAUCCAUACUGGAGAAAAACCAUUUGCUUGCAAAAUAUGUGAGCGUUGCUUUGUUGAUUCCAGUAGCUUGCAAAAACAUUUUCGAAUUCACACUGGAGAAAAACCAUAUUCUUGUGAAACCUGUGGAAAAUGUUUCAGUAGAAAAAAUAUUAUGAGCGCACACAUGAAGAGAUCCCACGUAGCAAGUUGCUGAGAAGAUAAUGCAUAUGCGAACUCAUAUUAGA